AUGAACGGUUUCAUCGAUGGAGAAAACCAAGCUGGUCCAAGUGUGAUAGUACCUCUAGGUCCAACCAAUCAACCUCGAGUUUUAGUAAGAAGUUUGACGAAAGAUGAAGUAAACUUUAAUCUGAGUGGGAUGGAAUUAGCUUUGGCCAAUAGUAUAAGAAGGGUUAUGAUGGCUGAUGUUCCUACUGUUUGUAUUGAUCAAGUGCUUUUCGCUCAGAAUACUUCUCCGAUACCAGAUGAAAUGUUAGCACAUAGAUUGGGUAUGGUACCACUCAUCAGUCGAAAUGUUUCCAAAGGUUUGAGACGGACUUCUGAUUGUGAUUGUGAUGAAGGUUGUUAUUACUGUACUGUAACACUUCGUUUAAAAGUAUCUUAUACACAUGGAGAAAGAGGGAAAUUUAUGCCUAUCACAAGUAACAUGUUGGAAGUUGUUCCAAAUCCAUAUGGUCCUCCACCCGACCUAUCACCCGAUGAUCAACAAGUCAUCAAUAAUCGGGAUCCAGAGUUGGGUCAACCGGUGGGGAAGAAUGAUCCUGCGACUCCACCGAUUCUGUUGGCCAAGUUGUCGAGGGGUCAAGAGAUCGAUUUGACAUGUAAGGCGUAUUCGGGCAUAGCCAAAUUUCACGCGAAAUGGUCUCCCCUUUCCGCCGUAGCGUUUGAAUACGACCCUCAUAACAAACUCCGGCAUACGACAUAUUGGUAUGAGACAGAUGAAAAAGCAGAAUGGCCACUCUCCGCCAACGCAGCUUUCGAAGCGCCUCCCCAACCCGAUGAACCUUUCGACUUCAAUGCCGUCCCUUCUACAUUCUACCUCAACGCCGAAGGGGUGGGUGCCGUCCCCGUCCGCGAAGUGGUGGAACAGGGCAUCGAUAUCUUGGUCGAGAACUUGGCUAAUGUUAUCCUUGCCGUCCAAAGGGAGACUGGAGUGGACGAGGAUGAAGAAGGAGGAGGUUUAGUAGAACCUGAUAUGGGAAUAGGAAUGACAAACGGGAUAAACGGACAUGUGAAUGGACAAUCCAUGGGAGGAUAUGGGACGGGAUACGGGGAUGGAAUGGGAGCUUACGGGAUGAGUCCUCUGAGACGAUGAGUCUUUAGUUUUUUCCGAUCUAUCAACAUUUGUCAUGGAUGAUGAACAUCUCUCUCUCUCUC